UCGUGUCAGUGCACAGUCUGUGUGUGGUACAGCGCGCGGCGGAGGAACUGGGUAUACCCACCAGUAAGCUAGUGGUAGAUUUCACAACGGCCGACAUUUUCAGAAGAAGUAACCCGUUUAUUCGCCACACCAACAAAAAAAGAAGAAGAAUAGAACAAAUCUUUGGAUUUACAGGAAGACUCGCGUCCUACUUCUGGAUCUAAUACUCUUUGAGGUCGUAUGCGGGCGACAACUAGUCCCGAUCGAGGGGUUUCCGACGUCCGACCGGACGGAGAGACGCUCUCCGCCUCGGGUUCACCGGGGUUUUAAAGCACUCUCCAGGGGCGAAGAAGUGUUAGAAAAAUACAAAACGGCGACGGACAUUUCCUGCCGUUAUCGUUCUGUGGUGACGGUUACACGUGAAGGAUAUUAAGCUUUUUGUUUUCUGGAUACUAUUUUUUUUUUUUUACCUGUGAAGAAGAGAGAGAGAGGGGAGGAAUCAACCCAGACAAAGGUACAAAGAAGAGGCCGACGAGGGGGGGGGGGAUACAUCCAGCGGUCGGGCUCCGAGAGUGCGACUCGCAGCCGAGGAACAGGGCUUUGUCCGCCGCCAUCCUGCGUACAGAGGGGAGGGGGUGGCGGUGAUUUACCGCACCUUCACCGGGAUUAAGGAAGCAAAGGAGAGGAGGAAGAAGAAGAAAAAAAGAGCCGAAUUCACUCGUGCACAAGGACGCGACAUGUAUCCACAAGGCCGGCAUCCGGCACCUCACCAGCCAGGGCAGCCUGGCUUCAAGUUCACUGUGGCGGAGUCCUGUGAUAGGAUCAAAGACGAAUUUCAGUUCCUGCAGGCUCAGUACCACAGUCUGAAAGUGGAGUACGAUAAACUGGCCAAUGAAAAGACGGAGAUGCAGCGUCACUAUGUCAUGUACUACGAGAUGUCCUAUGGGCUCAACAUUGAGAUGCACAAACAGACUGAGAUCGCCAAACGUCUCAAUGCAAUUCUGGCUCAGAUCAUGCCGUUCUUAUCACAAGAGCAUCAACAGCAGGUGGCUCAGGCUGUUGAACGGGCCAAGCAGGUCACGAUGACUGAGCUGAAUGCGAUCAUCGGGGUACGUGGACUUCCCAAUCUGCCUCUCACUCAGCAGCAGCCGCCUCAUAGUGUCUACCCAGCCUUCAUGCAGCAGCAGCUCCAGGCUCAGCACCUCUCUCACGCCGCCCACGGCCCCCAGGUCCAGCUGCCCCCUCACCCCUCAGGCCUGCAGCCGCCCGGCAUGCCCCCCGUGACGGGCGCCGGCGCCGGCCUGCUGGCUCUGGGUGCUCUCGGCAGCCAGGCCCACCUGCCUGUGAAGGAUGAGAAGAACCACCACGACCUGGAGCACCGAGGCCCCUCAUCUUUUCACUUGCCUCUGGCCAACUCCCUGAAAGAGCGCGAGUCGAGCACGAAUAACUCGGUGUCGCCAUCAGACAGCCUGCGGGCGGCGAGUGAGAAGCACCGCGGCUCUUCAGAUUACAGCCUCGACUCCAAGAAACGUAAAGUGGACGACAAAGACAGCAUGAGCCGAUAUGACAGUGACGGAGACAAAAGUGACGACUUGGUGGUGGACGUUUCCAAUGAAGACCCGGCCACCCCCCGAGUCAGCCCCGCUCACUCGCCUCCAGAAAACGGCCUGGAUAAAUCACGAGUCCUGAAGAAGGACGCCGCCCCCAACAGCCCCGCCUCCGUCGCCUCCUCGGGCAGCACGCCGUCCUCCAAAGCGAAGGACCACGCCCACAAUGACAAGUCAUCCACACCCAGCCUGAAGUCCAACACGCCUACUCCGAGGAAUGAGGCUCCGACGGCAGGAACCAGCACCACUCCAGGACUCCGGCCUCUCACGAUGGGCAAACCGCCCGGCUUGGAGGCAUUGGCGGCCCCGGCCCUGCGCACGCCGCUGUCCAUCGCGGGUUCCUACGCCUCCCCGUUUGCGAUGAUGGGUCAUCACGAGAUGAACGGAUCCCUGACCAGCCCGGGCGUCUAUCCGGGUCUCAUUUCUCCACAGAUGAGUGCUGCGGCUGCCGCCGUCGCCUACGGACGCUCACCAAUUGCAGGGUUUGACCCUCAUUCUCACAUGAGAGCUCCAGGCCUGCCAGCCAGCCUCACGUCCAUUUCUGGAGGAAAACCAGCGUAUUCUUUUCACGUGAGUGCAGAUGGUCAGAUGCAGCCCGUGCCCUUCCCUCCAGAUGCGCUGAUUGGCCCGGGCAUCCCGCGCCACGCUCGCCAGAUCAACACGCUGAGCCACGGAGAAGUGGUGUGCGCCGUCACCAUCAGCAACCCCACGCGUCACGUCUACACCGGCGGCAAGGGUUGUGUCAAGAUCUGGGACAUCAGCCAGCCGGGCAGCAAGAGCCCAGUGUCCCAACUCGACUGCCUGAACAGGGACAAUUACAUCCGCUCCUGCAAGCUCUUGCCUGACGGCCGCACCCUCAUAGUGGGUGGCGAGGCCAGCACGCUGACCAUCUGGGACCUGGCCUCGCAGACGCCGCGCAUAAAGGCCGAGCUCACCUCCUCCGCUCCGGCCUGCUACGCGCUGGCCAUCAGCCCCGACGCCAAGGUCUGCUUCUCCUGCUGCUCGGAUGGAAACAUUGCCGUGUGGGAUCUCCACAACCAGACCCUCGUCAGGCAGUUCCAGGGCCACACAGAUGGAGCCAGCUGCAUCGACAUCUCCCACGACGGGACCAAACUGUGGACCGGAGGGCUGGACAACACGGUCCGCUCCUGGGAUCUGAGGGAGGGACGGCAGCUCCAGCAACACGACUUUACCUCGCAGAUCUUCUCGUUGGGCUACUGUCCCACCGGAGAGUGGCUGGCUGUGGGCAUGGAGAGCAGCAACGUGGAGGUGCUGCACCACACCAAGCCUGACAAGUACCAGCUGCACCUGCACGAAAGCUGCGUCCUCUCACUCAAGUUCGCCUACUGUGGUAAAUGGUUUGUGAGCACGGGGAAAGACAAUCUGCUGAAUGCAUGGAGGACUCCUUAUGGCGCCAGCAUAUUCCAGUCGAAGGAGUCGUCCUCCGUCCUGAGCUGCGACAUCUCCGCCGACGACAAAUACAUCGUGACGGGAUCCGGCGACAAGAAGGCCACCGUGUACGAGGUCAUCUACUAGAGGGAGGCUCCCGCUUCAGCACUGAUGAGACGACGCUUACGGCCGUCUGUGGACGACAACGUGCUACAAUCAACUCCAGAUUUGGCAAUCGGAACUGGCGGUGAUCGAGGGAGCUGUCGGCCCGAAGGAUGCUUGUGCUGGAAAGAAGGUUUUCUGUACUUGUUUUGGAAGGUUUCUUGUUUUCUUUUUUUUUUUUUGGGCUACACGUUUUUUCUUUUCUUCUUUUUGUGACUUUCUUUCUCCCCCCCUCCCCCCGUGAGAAUAUUUGGGCGUAAACCCGAUGAAGCGGCGCUUCAUUUUCUGAGACCCCCCCCCCCCCUCCUCCUCCCCGUCCCGUCCCGUCCCUCCUCGCCCCAGACGUCUUGUGAAAAGUGUACAUAUCGGAUUAAAUAAAAGACACUUUAUAUAUAUUAUAAAAUAUAUAUAUUUUCAUGUCCUGGGUGUACUUGUGAUCAAUUUUUUUUGUUUUUGUUUUUUGGGCCCACUCUUGUCUUAUGCCAUAAUAUUUGAGUGGGGAAAAGCGGAACAUAGGUUUAGAACUUUUUAACAAUUUUACUCUUGAUUUUCUUAAAGCACAUUCUCCGGGGCUGACCCUUUUUAUUCCGAAAUCGAACCGAGGAGCAUGAAACUUGUACGUAGGACGUUUUUUGUGGGGAUUUCUUUUCCAAAAGGCCUUUUUUUGUCACAGUGCUCUUACCGGACUAUGGACACGUGGAGUCCUCUGACUCCGGCAGAGACUCGGCUGGUUUGGACCACUGUGGGACGGAGCAGGACGCCAUGAUUCAGGAAAAAGAAAUGGAUGUAAAUUUAAUUCAUAUAUGACAAAAGACUUUUUUUUCCUUUUUUUUUUUAAAGUGUACUGCUCUGUCUGUGCUACCGUUUCUCCCUGUUUGUUUUACCCUGUUGGAUUAUGGGGGAAACGUUUAUUGUUUAGCCUGACUCUUGGACCUCAGUUGGCAGCAGAAGCACUAGAGCAGCCACAAACUGGAUGAAAAUGUGCUCUCUUUUUUUUUGCUAACUUAACGCAAUAUGGAUGUUGAAUUGAAUUGAAUUGAUUUGUCGAUUUCCAGACUAAACUCAAAACGGUUCAAUCUGCGCUACUGGAAUCCUUCCGUCCGUCUGCAUCUUUAUCAAUAUUCCUGGAAUAUGUUUGGGUUUUGGCGGAGAUCUGUAAACGCUCACGAGGACGGAGGGCACGGCACUUAAAAAAAAUGUAAACGCAAAUUAAACAGGUCGAGUGUCUCCAAUGUAGACGGUAUGAAGCAAUGCGUAAUUCUGGUUGUACACUGUGCUCCUGAUCCCGUCAGCAUUUCCCACAGAAGGAGAAACAAAUCUAAAAGGGGCUGAUAAGCGCCGGCCCUCUGAAUCACACCAAAGUAUGUAGCAAAUGCUGUCGGCACUGAAAAAGAAAUGUACAGUUGUUAAUAAAUCAAUAAAACAGUUUUUUUUGUAGAA